UUUAUCCGUCGCCGUAUCUCUUUCGUGGGCUUUCCUUCUCGAGACCUCCGAUCGCGACGGAGCGAGAGGGGAAGCGGACGAGGAGGACGAUGAGCGAUCGAAGCGGCCCAUCAACGCGGUGAUCUAUUGGGUGGGUGAAGCCGCAGCCGCCAGAGGUGGCGGUCUUCCUCUCAGUCGUCGCGGGGAUAGGGCGCUCGCCUUCCUCCGCUUCACGGUCCGCGAUUACGGCAACCUCUUUCGUCACCGUCGAGGCCGCGAGCUUGCGCCGGUCUUGGAUACUGAUGACUAUUGACUGCUUUGGUCUAUGGUUCUUCUUGCUGAAAUCAUUCAAACCUUUAUUCCAGCAGAUUUUUGUUAUUAUUGUGGAAGAGCCUUGUUGGUGGACAACUGGUGCUACGGCUUCCCUCUGUGUGAGGCCUGCAGCUACUGUGGACAGUCAUGUCAACAUUACUGAGAACUAUAAUCCUGGAAAUUGAAGCAGGGGGAGAGGCUUUGCGUCUGUCUAGCUCUUUACUUCCAUGAAGGCACCGCACCGUCUGAGCUAUUCAAGGAUCAGUAGUCUGAUAAAAAUUGAGAACCUCGUGGAUUGCUUGCUGGCUUCACCCUCAUAAUCAUCUUUCCGUAUUCGUUGAAUCAACACCAAGAAAUUACUAUCUAUGUAUUGGACGUCUGCAAAGCUGAACUUGUGAUGAACAAAUUUUCGUUGGUUGACAAGAUCGAGGAGUAGACUUCUUCAAGCCUACCUUAUUUCAAAAUAGGAUUCCUGUACAAAGUAAUGCAGCUUUCACUUGAGAUUAUUUCUUUCCAGUUACCAGUGAGCUCAGAAUUUUUUUGCUGGAGCUAACUUCAACAACCGAGUUCUGAAGGAGUCCAUUAGCCAACACUUCUUCUCUCGCAAGAAAAGACUCUUCGGGUGCUUGUAUCGGUCAUGCUUGGAUAGUUAGAUUUUGUCAAGACAAUGCAAUUAGAAAAGAAAGACUGAGAGAGCAGCAUCCUAAAGAUGAUCAAACUGCACCAUCAGUGAUCGCCUGCCUCCUUCGUGAAAAGACUACUCAUGCUGACGGCAAAGUGGCACAAAUGGUAACUUUUCUUGCUUUUUGGAGAGUCACACAGCGAAUGGAACACUGAGUGGAUAAUGAAUGGGGCAUCGGAAAGAGGAGGUGUUUGUGGCGCCUUUUAUGUCAUUCUUCUGAGGUAAAGUUCUCGCUCGGCAAGUAAUUGUUUUUGUAAUGCAAGUGCGCAUUAGCUCUUAGUGAGCUGAGUCGUGCGCCAAAGGGCGCCUGCCACGGGACGAGAGGCGUCCGACGUCGAGGGACAGGUGGGGUUCCGCCCUCGGCGGUCGGAUCUGAUGAGGACGAUGGGCGAUGUAGUUCGAGCUCAUUUAAAGCAGGGUUGGAGGGAAUCACAGGGUGCAGAGUACGGCGGAUGUUGGAGGAGAUAAGCUUCGAUUCUUUGUCUCAUUAGAUCGUUGGUUUAAAGAGGCGAUUCUAGCAAUUAAAAUGAGCAUCUUUGCUACUUGAGAUUGUGCCAAGGUGAUAAGAAGAAGACAUUUUUUCUCUCUUCCAAGUGAAGGGUCCCAUAAGACAAAGAGCGUCUUCAUGGUGGAUAUGUCAUAAAACUCGCAGAAGAAUGAUAAAAAUCCUUUUCUCUCCCUCCUCUAUCAACCAAUUCAUCUGGAAGUAGCCAUGGAGAAGAAGAUCCGAUCGCCCGGUCAAUGAGGGCAUGGGUCGUCGGAUAAGGACAGCAAGGGAUCGCCAGAUUUGACGCGUGGAAGAAGCACGGCGUGUAGGUCCUCGCCCACAAAGGGACAGCCAACUGGCUCCUCCUCGCGUAUCGGUGACUAUAGUGGUGGAGAUGGAGUAAAUGAGAUUCGGAGAUGGUUAGGUGGAAGAAGGAGAAGGUCAGCAGGGUUUCAAGGUGGAGCUUGAGCCAUAACGAGGCAUUGGGAGAAGCAGGCGGCGGCAGGUCGGAAGAAGAAGGUGCACGUUUUUGGCCGAUGCUUACUACUCCCACUUCUGCUAGUCUAACUAAUAGGAAGAGAGCUAGGCUUGAUGGAAAGGUGGUUGAUGAUUGUGAUGCUGUUGAUCCUUCACCCGUGCCAAGGAAAUUGAGAUCAGCUAUCAAUAAAUGCAGCAGCCAGUCAUCUUCUCCUGCAAUACCAGGUGCAAAGAAGAAACCCUAUGAUACUUUUAAUGGGCUCCAAGUGCUGCAUGAGAAUGGUGGAAGGAGAUGCAAACAAAAUGUGCUGCUUGGCUCAUUAACUGAGGAUGAAAAGGAAGUACUCGAAGCCUUGUGUGCAUUAUCCAGAAUUCUACCUAUUAAAGAGAGAAUUCAGGACGAUAAAGACAGGGAAAUCUCCGAGAAUCACCAGGAUAAUAUUGCUACCCCAACAACUCAUUCGGAAGCUAUGAAAGAGGACAAAAAUCUUUUGCAACAAAACACUACCAAUGGAAUUAAGAGUCCCUCUUUUUGUUUGGAGAAGACAUUAGAAAAACCAAUGAAGGAUGAACAUGCUAUUUCCAAGCAACCUGACACAAAUUCUGGAAUGCAAACUAUUGAUUCAGGUUUGAGUAUAGCCCCUGAUUCUGGAAGUCAUAUAACUCCUCUAUCUGAAAAUGUGCACCCAGAAAAUAUUCCUGGAAAUCUUCAAAGUUUUUUGAGCCCCUCAGGAGUUUUGCCUCGUCAUUGUACUGAAAAUAGAACACUGCAACCUACUCAAUGUGGUUCUAUCAUAGCCUUUCCGCCAUGCAAAUCAGAAAUGUUACAACCAAAUGGAUGUGUUGGAUCCGCUGCACUGAAACAUGAGGUUCAAUAUUUGAAGCAUAACAGUGAAAGCAGUACAAAACUUGUGUACCAGAAAGGAAAUGUUCCGCCCCAUAUUCAGCUUUCUUCAUGCAAUUCUGCAGUUUGGCCUGGCCCUGCCACUAGUAUUACUUCAAAAGAAGUUGAUCUUCCAACUAUGAAGGUUCCUCUUGAUGUAACACCAUUAUGGAAAAAGUGCGCUAUUCAUGUAUUCAUAAGCCAUAUGAUAAAAAGCUACCAGGAAAAGGAGCAGCAGCACACACUCAUACUGCCAUCUGAGGACUCAAAGUCCAGGGUUGGGUCGGAAUCAUGUGAACUAGUAAACAAUGAGAGCGCUGGUUUACAAAGUAGAUUGAAAAUUGUGGCAUCUGCUGCUAUCUAUGGUUCUACAGUGGAGAGGAGCAAACAUGCAGGAACAAAUGAAAUUUCAUGUAACAGAAGACUUGUUUCAGCUCACAUAUCAUCAGUCUUAUCUGAGUACAGACAAAAGCAGAGCUGUGAUUUUCUUUCGUUAUCCACUAACGGUGAUGCUGGUAGUACUGCAAAUGGAGUGAAGGCUCCUGUGCAGCUUCAUUCUCCCUUUUUCCAUGCCCAGGUUCCCUUCCCAGUCUCUCAUGUACCAUAUGUUCCAGCUUACCCAGAGAAGCUAGUUGCUCCAGCUACUCAACAGGUGCAACCACAAUUACAACAUUAUGCAGGCAACCCGUUCUAUGGACCACAAAUGAACAACACCAUAGGAAAUUCACAGCAGCAGCACCAGCAGCAACAGAUAUGUCAAGCUCAUAUUGCACGCUAUAGGUCCCCAGUUGGCAUUGCUGUGUUGCAGAAUGAUCAAAUACAUAACUCUCUCUCUCCUUCUACACAACUGCAAGGUUUCUCAUCACUAUCCUCCAAACCAAAGCCUCAGCAGCAGCACCACCACCACCAACUUAGUCUGCACGGCAGGAGACAACACAAAGAUCCCCAUCAGUUUCAGCUGCUGUACAGCACGAGUCGCUCCUGAAGACUAAGUGAUCAGAUGGAAUGAAGGCAUUUAAGCUCGGGCUUGCGUCCAUGUAAGCCAUGAGAUAUGCUUAAUCAAGAUGAUGGACUACUGGCUCACCAGAUGCUGCUCAUUGAAUUCUAGGUGAAGCUUUGUACAACAGGGAGCAAACAUGAUCCAAUGUUGCUACUGUUCUCUUUAUUUUUUUUAUGCUAAAGCAGUGGGCUAUAGAAAGAACUCUCUGCUGUAUAUCUGACAUUAUAAUCAAGUUAAAGGAGUUACAGGCCUUUUCUCA